ACUAUGGUAAGGUAAACAAAACCCUAUUGUCCUAUUGUGUUUUGUUGUGUGUUGGGUCUACAUUGUCAUGAGAAACCCUCAAACUUCACUUUACCCACUGGAAUCAUCAUCACUCUAACACUCACUCUCUCAGUGUGUGGAGCCACUCACUGGUUUCAUUUCCACCCAUACACCUUCAAAAUUCAAACCACCCAUUUCAGAAACUAGGAAAAUGGAAAAGGGUUUUCCAAUCUGGGUUUUCAUACUGAUUUUCACUACAGUUUUCACCCCUUCCUCUCUUGCUCUCACCCAGGAUGGUCUGACAUUGUUGGAAAUCAAGGGUGCUUUGAAUGACACUAAGAAUGUUCUCAGCAACUGGCAAGAGUUUGAUGAGUCUCCUUGUGCUUGGACUGGCAUCACUUGUCAUCCCGGCGAUGGCGAACAAAGAGUUCGCUCAAUUAAUUUGCCAUACUCGCAACUCGGAGGCAUUAUAUCUCCCAGCAUUGGUAAACUCAGCAGGCUCCAGAGAUUGGCACUUCAUCAGAACAGCUUGCAUGGAAUUAUUCCCAAUGAAAUUACCAAUUGCACUGAGCUAAGAGCUCUGUACUUGAGGGCUAAUUAUUUCCAAGGAGGCAUACCAUCAGAUAUUGGAAACCUUCCAUUUUUAAAUAUACUGGAUUUGUCAAGCAACUCAUUCAAAGGUGCUAUACCUUCUUCUCUUGGUCGUCUCCCACAUUUGCAAGUUCUGAACUUGUCUACCAAUUUCUUUUCUGGAGAAAUCCCUGACAUUGGAGUACUAAGCACCUUCCAGAAGAACUCGUUUAUUGGCAAUUUAGACCUUUGUGGGCGGCAAAUCCAGAAACCAUGUCGGACAUCAUUUGGUUUCCCUGUAGUGAUACCACAUGCUGAAAGUGAUGAAGCUGCAGUCCCUACCAAAAGAUCUUCUUCACAUUACAUGAAGGUGGUGCUAAUUGGUGCCAUGACAACUUUGGGACUUUUACUCCUUGUAACCCUCUCAUUCCUCUGGAUCCGUUUAUUGUCGAAGAAGGAAAGAGCUGUUAUGAGAUACACAGAUGUCAAGAAACAAGUUGAUCCAGAAGCAAGCACAAAACUUAUUACAUUCCAUGGUGAUCUUCCAUACACGUCAUCUGAAAUCAUAGAAAAACUGGAGUCCCUUGAAGAAGAGGAUAUAGUGGGGUCGGGAGGAUUUGGUACUGUUUACCGAAUGGUGAUGAAUGAUUGCGGUACAUUUGCUGUUAAGAGGAUUGACAGAAGUCGUGAAGGGUGUGAUCAAGUGUUUGAAAGAGAACUUGAGAUCUUGGGUAGCAUCAAGCACAUAAAUUUAGUAAACCUACGCGGUUACUGCAGGCUCCCUUCUGCAAGGCUACUUAUCUAUGAUUAUUUGGCCAUAGGAAGCUUAGAUGAUCUCUUGCACGAAAAUACGGAACAACCACUGAAUUGGAAUGAUCGCCUAAAUAUAGCCCUUGGUUCUGCCAGGGGUUUGGCAUACUUGCACCAUGAAUGCUGCCCGAAAAUUGUGCAUCGUGACAUAAAAUCCAGCAACAUCCUUCUAAAUGAAAACAUGGAGCCUCAUAUCUCUGAUUUUGGUCUUGCAAAGCUAUUGGUUGAUGAAGAUGCCCAUGUUACAACAGUGGUUGCUGGCACAUUUGGAUAUUUGGCACCAGAGUAUCUACAAAGUGGGAGAGCCACUGAGAAGUCAGAUGUAUAUAGCUUUGGAGUUCUAUUGCUGGAACUUGUGACUGGAAAGAGGCCUACAGAUCCUUCCUUUGCGAAUAGAGGUUUAAAUGUUGUUGGCUGGAUGAACACAUUACAGAAGGAAAACAGAUUGGAAGACGUGGUAGACAGAAGAUGCACUGAUGCAGAUGCAGGAACUCUUGAAGUGAUUCUUGAGCUAGCAGCAAGGUGCACAGAUGCAAAUGCAGAUGACCGUCCAUCCAUGAACCAAGUGUUACAGUUGCUGGAACAAGAAGUCAUGUCUCCUUGCCCAAGUGAUUUUUACGAGUCUCAUUCAGAUCACAGCUAAUUGUUCAAGUAAUCCCGGUUGAACAUUGAAGUCAUGUCUUCUACUACUACCUAACUGUUUUGUUAGUGUUCUUGCCCCUUUUUCUGUCCCUGUAGAGAUCAUUCUGGUAGCAAGUACGCAACAACAUCCAUUUGUGAAUAGAUUUUGUCAACCCCUUGUUCUCACCAUCUGCUGCUGGUGGCUUGAACAAACCCAAAAUGGGGGAUAUGGACAUUGCAGUGGUUUUUUGGUAUUUGGAAUGACCUCCAUUCAUGCUAUGAAAUGUCAUCACUGUCUGAUUCAAAACUAUGUGUUAUUAGGUUUCAUGCCACGUUAGUUUAUUGUGAAGCUCAAUUAGUUUGUGCAUGGUGAUUGCUAGUGCUCCACAGCGCGAUUUUCUUCCAUUUUUCUUAGUUAUGUAUGAGUUUUGUUAGGAAGGAUAAUAAUCAAAAUGGGCUUUUGGCACAAGAUGACGCAGGGCCCAGGGUAUGGAAGGUGUAUUCUAGAAGGGGACAAAGGGAAUCUACUGAUAACUAACUUUCUUCCUAACAGAAUUAGCAUUAGGCAGAGAGAGAAAGGGAGCCAAUGAUUGUAUUUAGAUUUGGUAUAAGAAGGUAGUUAGAGGGGGGUUGAGAGGUAUCUUUUGCAUAGCUGUAUUCUGUAUUAGAGGGGGGUUGAGAGGGGAGCCACGCUCUGGUCAGAAAGGGAUCCAUUCCUCUUCUCUGUAAUUCUCCAAAGUUCUAUAAUAAACAAUCAAUCGAUU